CAUCACACGAGCGCCGGUGAUCUUUCCACAUCCCCAUUUAUUAGCAUGAUAUAGACUGCCGUAGCUCGUCUUCACCAUGUUGACGACAACUGCAUCCUCUGCCUCGGCUCGAGCCAAGCUUCUCCAAAGUGCCUCAUCUACAUCCACCACUCGUGCCCUGACAGCUUCAUUACACCGCGGGCAGGCCCGCACCCACCUCACAAGCCGAGGGUCUGGCAACGAUCCGACACCAUCAUUGACAAGUCCCUACGCUCCAAUUGACCCCAUCACCAAUCGUAGGAUCCCUGCGUACACUGAACGCAACACGAUCCUCGCCAAAGCCCUGAAGGCUAGUUUCCUCAGGACGCCAGUGCAUUCGGAUGGCCCACCAUCGGCCCAGGAGCUGCGUAAAUACCGCCAGGUCGAUAUUGACGAUCAGCCAUGGGUUACCGUUCAGCUUAGGUCCAACAAAUACUCCGAUCUUAACGAGUACAAGCCCGUCCUGAGCAGCUCUGCCCCAGCCCACGCCAGCUCAGCGCAGAAGUACAGCGAUCUCCACAAAUAUAAACCGCUCGUUGAUCAGGUGGAUACCGCUCACGAUGUCGAGCCGAAAUACAAUGAUCUCCACAAAUACGGCCCCGUUGAUGUCCACAACGCCGCAUCUUCGGCACCUGCGGCGACCGAGGGCACUCACAAGUAUAACGACCUUCACAAGUACGUCCCUGUCGCAUGGAGGGAACCCCAUGGGGAGGCCCCGCCAUCUGCCGAAGAGAGGUCGAAACAUUACUCAGAUCUGGACAAAUACCGCCCUAUCAGCUUUAACGAACCGAAUGGCAACCUUCCUCCUACUGCAGAGGAAGUAUCCAAACAAUAUUCCGACCUGGACAGUUAUCAGCCAGUGCGUUUCAACGAGCCAAGUGGGAAAUUGCCGCUCACACAGGAAGAGCUUUCCAAGCAAUACACGGAUCUUGGCGCGUACCGUGCCGUGCAGUUCAAUGAACCCCACGGAAAGCCCCCGCUCACCCCCGAGGAGCUUUCCAAGCAAUACACGGAUCUUGAUGAAUACCGUCCCGUGCGAUUCAAUGAGCCCGAGGGGAAGCUGCCGCCUACACAAGAGGAGCUCUCCAAACAGUACACAGAUCUGAACGAGUAUCGUGCUGUGCGGUUCAACGAACCCACUGGGAAGCUUCCACCCACCCAAGAAGAGCUCUCAAAGCAGUACACAGAUCUGGACAACUACCAUGCUGUGCGAUUCAAUGAACCCAACGGGAAACUCCCACCCACCUCUGAGGAGCUUUCAAAGAACUACACGGACCUGGACAAAUACGGGCCAGUGCGAUUCAAUGAACCAGAUGGUAAAUUUCCUCCUUCGGCUGAAGAGGUCUCGAAACAGUACACCGACCUCGACCAAUAUCAGCCCGUACUGUUUAAUGAGCCCAAUGGCAAACUGCCACCAACAUCCGAGGAACUCUCUAAGCAGUAUGAUGAUCUGCACAAGUAUGGUCCUGUCUAUUGGAAUGAACCCAACGGGAAACUUCCGAUCAGUGCCGAAGAGCAGUCGAAAUUCUACGCCGAUCUCGACAGUUACGGACCUGUUAUGUGGAACGAGCCCAAUGGCCAAUUGCCACCAACUGCUGAGGAACGAUCCAAGCACUACACAGACUUGGACGCAUAUGGUCAGCCCGUCAUGUGGAACGAACCGAAUGGCAAGCCUCCCAUGUCUGCCGAAGAGCGUUCGAAGAAGUAUCAAGACCUUGAUCAGUAUGGACCGGUUCAGUGGAACGAGCCCGACGGGAACCUUCCCCUUACCCCAGAGGAACUUUCGAAGCGGUACGCGGACUUGGAUGCCUACCAGCCUGUCAGGUGGAAUGAGCCCGACGGCCGACCAGCAAUGACUGCUGAAGAGGCCAGCAAACAAUACGAUGACGUCGACAGUUAUCAGCCAAUUCGGUGGAACGAGCCCGAUGGCAAGCCAUCUAUGAGCCCUGAAGAAGCGAAGGAAGCCAGCAAGCAAUAUAACGAUCUCGACCAAUACAAGCCAGUCCGCUGGAACGAGCCCAACGGGCAACCUCCUAUGGACCCCGAAGAAGCCAGCAAGCGUUAUAAGGACCUCUCCGACUACUCCGAGCCAUUCCAGCACAAUGAGCCCGAUGGCAGACCUCCAGCGCAGCAAAAUAAAUCCGCUGUAACAGAAGAUUUUUUCAACUACGGAGCUUUUCGUUACAAUGAACCUGACGGCAAGGCAGAGGAUAUCGAUCUGCUGCCGCAAGCGAUCUGCGUGCAAGUCAUUGCAGACUCGAAUGAGGCGACCCGAAAUGUCACUGGCAACUAUGUGAAGGACUUCCCCGAGGAUUUCGCCGUCUCUUGGAGCGCGAUGCUUGGGCAAAAUGCUGCCGCAAUGGAAUAUCAAAAGAAACUCGAAAACGGCACGCGGGAGCCGGAGCAAGGCGAUGAGGACAUUGCAUCCUUUGACGAGAGUUUUCCCAAGCUUGAGUCCACCAUAGAACCCCAAGCUUUCACUCCAGCUCUGCACAAAAUCGAGCCGGCGUUGAACCGUGGGUCGUCUCUCCUUGACAGCCAGAAGCGGGCUGAUCGACUGCGUACACUCGCAGAUCCAUACUCUACGGAGCCUCAAGGACUAGAGCUCAGCUACCUGCAAGAAUGCGGCGGCAAGCCUACUGGUCCUACUUUUGUCAGAACCUAUGGAACAGUUAGCGACGCUGUCUCGGCUGCCGCAACACAGGCAAAGGCAGCCUCUCAUGCAGCUGAGCCUGCCAAGGAGGCGGCUCCCAAGCCAUCAUACUACAAGAUUCUGGCUUUCGAUCCGACGACCAAUUCCAUUAGCACUGCUGAGACGUCGUCGCUUGCCAUAGACAGCUCUGUCCCACUGACGCCACCAGAGGCAAUGAUGCGUCUGUCCAAUCCCGUCAAGUUCUUCCCGCACCUAGCACCGCUUCAGGCGCAGGGGUACGAGAUUGUCUCUGGGAACGGAGACGUCCUUGUGUUUCGCAAGGUCCGCAACGCCCAGCAAGAGACGAGCAGCACUCAUCCGACAACGGAACAGGCCACGAGAUACCAGCCCCCAAGGGUGAACCCCAUUGACAUGAUGGGCAGUCAGCCCGUCACCCCACACUCAUACUCGGCGAGCCCGACAGGGUUCGUGAACUUUGAAGAUGACAGUGCCGAGGUGGACCAGAAGCCACCCCCGCCUUACCGAGGAGGCUACGGCGCAUCAGGUGCGGGCCCUGCUGCCAGCGGGUUUGCAGCAGACGAGGAACCAAAGAGGGCCGGCAAGACCAAGAAGGUGCUGUUGGGUGCCGCGUGGGUUGGAGGCAUUUCGUAUGCUUUCGGUACCGUUGGCCAGUACUUCAGGACGGGUGGUGCUGAUGGGAAGGGUCCAGGGCAACGGCUCUGA